GUCACGUGACACAUAGUUCCGGUCUCGCGCAUCAUGGUCGGGAAGAUAAAGCACGUCCGGCAGAAGCUGCACCAGGAGGCGGUGAAGCUCCGCGGACUGGACCGGACCCAGCAGGCGGGACCUGAGCUGGUUCUGCCGGGGGUCGCGCGUCCCGCCGCGGAGCCCGGUUCCGAGAAAGCUCCGCGGGGGGAAAGGGGUCCGGUCCAAACAGCCGCACGUGCACAGCAGCCGGUGUUAUCUGGGAGCUCCUUUCCAUCCAGCAUCUUCCUGGGUACCAAGAUCUCUCCAGAGACCCUGGUCCAGAGUCUGGACCACCUGGAACCAGCGGAUGUUACUUCAGCACCCCAAACCACCAGGACAGGUUCAGAGGAGAAGAAGAUCAAGUCAAAGAAGGAGAAGAUGAAAGAGAGGAGGGAGCGUUGGUUAAGCAAGAUCAGCUCCAUCAAGCGAGUGAAGGAGCAGCAGGCGGCCGAGGCGCGACGGAAAGCCACGCCCGUGGUGGGGGACAUGCAGCCGCUGGCCGACGCCCUCCCGCAGCUAAACGAGCUGAUCGGUCCUGCAGCUGCGGCGCCGACGUCGCGUCGGAAGAGCCGCAAAAACAAGCUGCCCGUGAAGAAGGCAGCGCCUACGGACUUCAGCCAGAUGAAACAGUCCCAGAAGCGCCGGCUCCUGGAGACGGAGAGCCUGGGCUUCAGCAAAGCGGUGAAGGCAAUGGCCACCAUGAAGAACCCUCUGGCGGACAUCGGAGAGCAGCUGAGGAAGAGGAUGAGGCAGGAGGAAGAGCAGGCUCCCAGCUAACGGCAGCUGCAGAGGUGAAGGCCCUCCACAGACUCUGGACGCUGCACAGCUGCUCUCGGGACCCCUCACCUCCUCUGGUGAUGGGGGUGGAGCUUCUGUUUGUGCUCGGCUCUGACAUUCACCCUCCUGUUGCUGUUUCACCUCACAAAGAGGUGGAAGGUGCAAAACCCUCUGGCAUCACGGCCGUGGAAGGAGAUCGCCACCGAGGGGGUGGAGCUCUCUUUAAGUCACACUUUCUAGGGACAUCCGCCUGUAUUUGAUGUAGAACCCUCAAUGGGAGUUUGUCCCGAAGCACUAUUGAAAUAAAAGAAAUCAGAGAAAUUCACAUUUUCCUUGUUGGACCGACACUUUUUACAACCAAACGGGUUGGACCUGUUCGCAGGAUUUCCCAGACCUCCUUCUCCUGAAAUGUUCCAAAGACCAGAUGACCGUUCCAGCUCCUCACUGGAGUCACUUUGGAGUCGUCUCCUUAUGCGGCCAUUGAUGCAAACCUCAGGAGAGCCGAAGACCAAAGUGGCCCAAACCCUCCCGAAAGUUCUGGUGGUUCCUCUACUCGACGCCUAAGACCACCUUUGGACAGAACCCACAUAAGCUGAUGUUUUGGGUCAGAAGCAGCACUGGAUUUAUUAGGCAGAAGAACUGCAAUUAUUCAAUAAAUAAAAGUUUAGUUGAUAAAAACUGA